UACCAUUGCAUUGUAUAUGUUGUUUUUGAAUACAUUUGAGCUAAUUGGUUAUUUCAUGUUCUUUGUGUAGAAACAACAACAAUGUUGAAAUCAGUAAGAAAUUGUUGCGGAGCUCUCUGUAGCCUUUUUAAUCGCAAGAAGAAGAAGGAACCAAUCAACUCCAAUUUGACAACACAUGAGCAGAUUUUGUCAGCGCCACAGGUAAAAAACCCUGAAGCAGGGAAGAAGACAAAGAAGACAAAGAAAACACAAGAGAUUGUGAAGCCACCUGUUUCAGCAUCACAGGUAAAAACCCCUGAAGCAGGGAAGAAGAAAUCCCAAGAGAUUGUGAAGUCACCUUUUCCAACAUCAAAGGUAAAAACCCCUAAAGCAGGGAAGAAAAAGAAGAAAACACAAGAAAUUGUGAAGCCAGUUUUUCCAGCACCACAGGUGAAAACCCCUGAAGCAGAGGAUGAGAUCAAAACACAAGUGAUUGUGGAGCCACUAGAAACAGUGGAAAAAAAUGUUCUUUCCAGUGAGGUCAAAGCUGCUGAUGAAGACGUAUCAAGAACCGUUGAAAAAAAGUCGAAGAAUCUUUCAGAAACAACAACAACGUUGGAAACAAUAAGAAAUUGUUGUGGAGCUCUCUGUAGCCUUUGUGAUUGUAAGAAGAAGAAGGUAAGAGCCACUAAAAUCUUUUUUUGUAAUAUAAAUUAA